UCAAACCCGAGACCACACAUCCACCGCCAACAUGCGAUUGACCGUCGAACUGAUCCAAAAUUCCCUCUCGUACAUCAACCCGCUCAAGGACCGCGAGUUAGAUCUCCGAGGGCACAAGAUCCCCGCGAUUGAGAACUUGGGUAUUGCCAAGGAACAAGAUGCAAUCGACCUGACGGACAACGACAUCACCACGCUGGGCAACUUCCCCUUCUUCCCGCGGCUGCACACCCUCCUCCUGGCGCGGAACCGCAUCAAGCAGAUCCAAUCGACGCUGGCGGCGUCGGUGCCGAACCUGACGGCCGUGAACCUGACGGCGAACGCGGUGGCGGAGCUGGCGGAUCUGGAUCCGUUGCGCGGGUUGACCGGGUUGACGCAUUUGGUGGUGUUGGAGAAUCCGGUGACGAGGAAGGAGCACUACCGCCACUACCUCAUCUGGCGCAUCCCCAGCCUGCGGUUCCUGGACUACCAGAAGGUGAAGGACGCGGAGCGCGAGAAGGCGACGGAGCUGUUCGGCACGGCCGAGGAGCCCUCGGCGCUGGCCUCGAAGAUCAUGGGCGUCAAGUCGCGGACCUUCGACGUGCCGGCCACGGCGCAGCAGAUCGGGGCCGCCGCCGCCGCCGGCGGGGACCGUGCGGUGCGGGUGAAGUUGACGGACCGGGAGCGCAAGCGCGUCGAGAAGCUGAUCCGCGAGGCCAAGAGUCUGCAGGAGAUCACGCGGUUGGAGCGCGAGCUGAAUGAGGGACGGAUACCGGGCGGUGGGGUGGAUUAUGCGGAUAGUGGGGAUGAGAUGGAGACUUAGUCCGCUCGUCUCGAGAGGCUUUUGUUGUUAUUUGUGGGUUUAUUGUAUACGGAUAUUGUUUCAAUGGAGUGUGGUUUGGUUUGGUUGGUUUGUUUUGCGGUCUUGUGUAAAGGUGGUUGAUUUUGAUGGAUAUCUUGUGGUUAGGAGGUU